CGCAGCGGCCGGCGCGGAGGGCGGCGCUGGGAGCGCGGCGCCGCCGCCCUGCCUGUCUCCCCGUGAGAUGCUCGUCACCUUCGGGCUGGAGGCGAACCACGGCGUGGCCAUCGACGCCGCGCGCUUCCUCAACCUCUGCCCCAUCAUCGUGUACGAGCUGGACCAGCGCAGCUGCUUCCUCGCCCAGGCGUCGGUGCCGCGUCGCGCCGGCCCGCAGCCCUCAGCGUGGGCGUACGCGUCGCUGAGUGUGCUGCUGGCGAGCGCCGUGGGGCUGGUGGCGGCGGCGGCGGCCGGCCAGCUGCUGGGCCGCUGGCGCCACGUGCAGCCGGCGCUCGCCUUCCUCAUGGCGCUGGGCGCCGGCACCCUCUGCGGGGACGCGCUGCUGCACCUGCUGCCGCACGCGCUGACCGCAGACCACGAGGCGCCGGCGGGGCCCGGGCUGGGGCCUGGGCUGGGGCCUGGGCCUGAGGAGCGCGCGCACCCGCAGGAGGGCCUGCUGCGCGCCGCCGCCGCCUUCGGCACCAUGGCCGCGCUCUUCGCCCUCGAGACGCUGCUGCACCGCCUCAACGCCCCGGAAACAGGAGAAAAAUGUCAGAAUAAAGAAGAUGAAGAGAUGUGGAAAGGAGAAAUGAUGGUCAAUGCAGAAGAGCUGCGCGCGGUGGGCGCUGGGAGCGGCGAGGGCGGGCCGGAGGCGCGCAAGAUGCUGGGCGGCGCGGAGCCCGGUCACGGCCACGGCCACUCGCACGGCGCGGGGGCUGGUGCGGGCGGCGGCGCGGGCGCCAUCGUGUGGAUGGUGCUGCUGGGCGACGGCGUGCACAACCUGACGGACGGGCUGGCCAUCGGCGCCGCCUUCUGCGACGACCCCGUCGCCGGCUUCGCCACCGCGCUCGCCGUCUUCUGCCACGAGCUGCCGCACGAAUUCGGGGACUUUGCAGUACUGCUCAAAUCAGGCAUGAGCCUAAAGCAUGCACUUUUCUACAAUGUCGUAUCAUCAGUGCUGAGCUUCAUUGGAAUGGCUAUAGGAGUGUGGGUGGGCAACUUUGAUGCUGCAUCCCAAUGGAUCUAUGCAAUUACUGCAGGGUCUUUCCUGUACAUUGCUUUGGCUGACAUGGUUCCAGAACUGAGCAGAAACAACCAACAGGCACAAACUGCAUAUUUGCAUCUUCUUGGACUUCUCGCUGGAGGGGGAAUCAUGCUUGUGAUUGCUCUGUAUGAAGAUAGUCUGCGAGCAUUAUUUGAGUGAACAUAAUAUUUUUCAUAACUAUUAUGUGAUCAUUAUAUCCUUCCUUUGAGUGAAGACAAUUUUUGGAGGAAUAAGUUUACUGAAAUGGCAAAACUAUAGUUUUUCCUAAAAGAUUCUUACUCUUAAAAAUGGUUAAUUGUUUCAAAGUACAGGAAAGCAACUUAGUCCUCAUGUAAUACAAAAAGGGACUUUUCCCUGAUCUGCAUGUACAGAGGGUACUAUAUACAUCACUUUUCUACAACAAAUGAGGGGCUUUUAGAUCUUUGACUUCUUUUAGGGUAAUUAUUUAAUUUAAAAAUAUUGUUAACUGUAUUCUCAAAAAAACAUAGUUGUUAGAUAUAUAAAUCAUCUAGUCAACAAUGCAAUGUUUAUACAAGUAUCGUAGAAUGAGCUAAUACUUUGCUGUCAAUACUAUUUUACUAGUUACAAAACCAGUUGAAAAAUUCACAGCUUUGUACAUGAAACACAUAUUUUAAAAAAAUGUAUUGAUAAGUAAUAGCAUACUCUUUUAUAAAAAUUUAGAAGAAUGUAAUUCAUGGUUCAUUUUUACUAUAGUGAAGCAGUCAGAUUUUACACAUUUUUGAAAUUCAGUAUGUACUCUUCCAAAGUACUAUAAUGCUUAAGAUACAUUAUGUAUAUAUGGCAAGAAGUGAUUUGAAUGUAUUAUUUCCAUGUUGCAAUCACCAUUCCUUAACCUAGAUCUCAUUUACCUGAAUAAAAUAAGAAUCUGUUUUUCCAUUAUCUUUCCUUUCUUUUUCUUAUCAAUUUAGGCAUACCAUUUUUUCCUUUGAAAUAAAUAUGAUAGAAAUGAAUGUGAAUCAAUAAUAUAAAUUAUGAGUGUCAAUAAUAUAGAUUAAGUGACAUGUUUACACUAAACAUUAGUUUUAACAUCACAAAUUGUUGUAUAAAAAGAAUUUCAAGGAAUCAAGAAGUAUCUUUCCAGUAAAACUAUAAAAUGUGUAAGAUAGAAAUUCAACCUAUUCAACAAAUCAAAUGUUAAUUAAAGGGUAAUUUUCAUUUGGUUUGAUAUUAAUUACAAUGAUUAGAACUAUUAAAAUGAAAAAUAAGCAAACCGAAACAGUUCAAUUGUUUUACGUAAUUUCAUCUGCUUGAUUGAUUAUUUGUUAGCGAUUCCGGGCUCGUCAUCUACAAGGGUCAUUAGUCCCUCCCGGCAGUCGUAGGACCUCCCGGUCAGAGGGUGACAUCAGUUGAUAUACUGAGCCAUCUGUCCCGGUUCACUUGCUUGAAAUGUAGGUUCAUUGAAUUCAUUGAAACACUUACUAUACUUUUAAGAGUUUCUCUAACCUUCCAAAUGCCAUACUGACUUGUGUUGAUGAAAAAAAAUUAAGUACUGUCAAAGGAGAUUUUUUGCUUUUUGUAAUAAUUCCUGUUUUAAUGAACUGCUCAUAAACAGAUUUAUUCUUCUCACAUCUCCAAUGUUCACAAGAAACGG